CGGCUGGCCGCCCCUCAGCCCGCCGGGGCGCGAACGCCGUCAGGGGUAAGGCGCCGGGGCACCGUGCAGCGGCCUCUCGCAGCAAGGAAGGGGAUCUCGCCGGCGGCGGAUCCGGAGCGGCGCGGCGGCGGGGAGGUGAAGAUAAACUACAGUAACUAAAGUAAGAUAGCUCUGGAUACCGGUCUUGUUGUUAAAUUAAUUACGGACCUGUUAAUUGCCUUACUGGAAGUGAAUUCUUCAAAUUUACCAGCAUGGCUCUUACUGUUACAUUGCUCAACAGUGCUUACUUAUAUGGUCGAUGCAGCAGGCACAAUGUUUUGCAUCCCUUAAUUGGACCUCUCCUCAGCAAUUCUACAUCAAAAUUGUAUAGCAGCUACAGGAGGCCAGGGGCGCAGCCCGAGAAGAAACCGUCUUUGCAAAAUACUGAUUUCAGUUUUAAGAAGGGCAUUGAUGUCUUAAAGACGCAGCUUAGCAUGCUGAAGAAGGAGACCGAAGAUCACAUAGUAGGGCCUGGAGGCCAUUCGCUCAGUCGGUACCUGCUGGAGCAGACAAGGGUGGUGUGGGAGUUUCGGUGCCAAGAAGAUUUAAAUAAAUGGGUUAUUUCUUCUGAUGUAGAGAUUGGAGGGAAGAGUGAAGUUUACCUCAAACUGGGUAGGAACAACCAGGCUGCUCUGCUGUAUGGAAACCUCAAUACAGAAGUACCUCGCGAUGGGGAGACAAAAUACAGUGGAUAUUGUAGUAUGAGAGCUAAACCGCUGGUGGGAUCUUUUGCUAGGAAGAAGUAUUAUGACUGGUCAAACUUCAAUAGUCUGUAUUUACGGGUCCGUGGCGAUGGUAGACCUUGGAUGGUAAACAUCUAUACAGACCCUUACUUCUCUCAUCAAAAGGACGACCUCUACAACUACUUCAUGUUCACCCGAGGAGGCCCAUACUGGGAGGAAAUAAAGAUCCCAUUCUCCAAAUUCUUUCUCUCCAGUCGGGGAAGAGUCCAGGAUGACCAGCACCCUAUCUGGUUAGACAAGAUUAGUACCCUUGGAUUCACGAUCGGAGAUAAAAUAGAUGGUCCAUUCCAGCUGGAGAUUGAUUUUAUUGGGCUACUGAAUGAUAGAGCUCACACGGAAGAAUUUGCCUAUGAAACAUAUGAAAAGAAUCCUAAAGUCUGAGUCAGGCUGGUGGCCUUUGGGAUGUUCUUCGGAUGCCUGGCUCACUUUUGCAGAACACUUCUUAACAUGUGGCUUACAACUUGAAGAUUCUAUGUAAACGUUAGAAGUGCAUGACACGUUGAUGGUGUCAUUCCAGUCUGACUACUGCCAUUGGCAUCUCCAAGCUGCCAGGUACAGAAUCCUGGGGAAGACCGGACAUACACGGCCUGGAACACAGCCUGAGAAGAGCUGUGACAUGCUCAUACGAAGUACGGACUGUUGACUGGGUGAGUGUUGGUUUCGGUCCUGACCUUUACAGAAAUAAAAGUACUUUGCAAGUUUGUUGUA